AUGACUACGCAUCAUAUUCAACUAGCUUUUGAUCUACUCGAAGAUCUUUUUCCCGAUGGAACUUCGAAAGAAAUUGCAUCGUAUCUUAGUCGUAAAGGUCCUCUACCAUUUGCUCUUCUCGUUCGCGAUCUAAACAUUCCUGCCAGAAGCAUCGCACGAUCAUUAGCCGCACUAACAAUACAUGAUAUAGUCGAAUGUCAGGCUGAGGCGAGUACGAAACGUGUUCUCUAUGCAUUAAAUCUCAAACGAACACUAUACAUAUUACAUUAUUCAAAAUGCAUUCAUUGUGCCAGACAAUUGUAUAGUUUCGAUGGUGAAUUGAUCAUCGAAGAGUUACUUUUGAAUGGCAAACAACGUAUGAGUACAUUGCUAGUUAAAGUUUAUGAACGUUUAAUCAAAGCUGGCAAAGAUCCGGAAACACACAAUUUGCAAUCGAUCAAGGAGAAGUUUAAAACCUUAGUGUCUGCACAAUUCCUACAACGUAUUGUCGCUGAUGAUACCAAACCAUUUAUGGCCGCAACUGUCGAAGAAACAACAGCCAGUUCUGCGCAAAUACCAGAAUUAACACCAGAAGCUUGGAAAUAUUUGGUGUCUAGUCAACAGUGUGAGUCCAAUGAACCAGCACAGAAAAAGGUGAAAACAUCCAUUCCAAUAUUCGGUGAUGAAAAAAUCUUUUGGAAAGUUAAUUUUCAACGAUUUUUUGCUUAUCUACGCGACGAAGAACUGAUUCAAGCAUUUACAAAUCGAAUCGAUCAAAAUGCUGGGAAAAUUGUUCGAGUAAUUCUGCGACUUGCUGCUGUCAAACUGGACCCUGCACGAACGAUACCGAUAUCAUUUAUCGAAAUUGCAAAAACAAUCUCAAGCACUGGCUUACAACUGAAUGAUGAAUCCUUGCAGAAAUAUAUGAAUGUCAUUACCAAUGAUGUGAAUAAUUGUAUUAUCAAAAUUGGUGAUCAUGGAAGAGGAACAUACGAAGUAGAUUUUCAAAAAGCACUGCGCGGUUUAACUAAAGCACAUAUUCAAUCAUUCUUGAAAGAAAGAUAUGGCUCCAAUGCACUCAGAAUUUACAACAUGUUAGAAGAACGUGGGUGUUUAUCACAAAAACAAAUUGAAGAUAUGGCAAUGAUUAAUGCAAAAGAAGCACAACAAUAUGUGUAUUCGAUGUUUAUCGAUGGAAUGUUAACAUUAGAGGAGCUAUCAAAAGCAAAUGAUUUCAAUCCAACUCGAACAUUUUAUUUCUUCCGUGUAAAUUUGUACAAUGGAGUUUUAUCCUUACUUGAUCAUUCGUAUAAGACUAUGUCUAAUUUAAUGCAACGACGUCAUUUCGAAAAGGAACGUCAUAGAAAACUGAUCGACAAACGUGAUAAAGUCGACGCAAUUAUUCACAGUCUUCGAGAGCAAAACGCAGAUGAAGAGCAGAUCAACGAAGUCGAAGACAUUUUAUCGCCAGUAGAAAAAGAACAAAUCAAGAAACUGGAUGCUGCUUUCCGCAAAAUUGAUCUCGCUCAACUUCAAUUAACAGAAACAAUUCUCCUACUAGAACUCUAUCUCUCAUUAUCAAACACUGUGGCACCAGUAAAGAAGAAAACUGGUGGCAAAGCUGCUGCCGAAAAACUAUUAGAAACCAGAACGCAAAGAUAA